AUGUCCAAAGAGACCUCCGUAGCGUCGGAGCGCAAUGCAUACGUUGGAUCGAGGGUCAAGGAGACCACGUUCCGUGAAUGGGUGGUCGCCAAUCAGAUCGGCAUUUCCAUGACCAUCCUGGCUAUGUUACUAGCCUUGCACAACCUCUACCCCUCACUCCGACCCUACACACAGCCUUUCUUCCAAUUGUCCUACUACGACGCAGCCUCGAAUUCAUACGUGCAGGGCUGGGACGAUGUUUACUUCGUCUUCAGUGCCGCUGUCGCAUUCACCGGUAUACGCGCCAUUGUUAUCGAAUGGAUUAUUCAGCCAAUGGCUCGCUCGGCGGGAUUGAAGCGGAAGCAGGCUGUCCGUGUUGCUGAGCAGGGCUGGAAUGCUAUGUACUACUCGUUCAUCUGGGGCGUGGGAAUGUAUCUCUGGAAGAAUUCCUACUACUGGGGCGAUUUUGCUCCCAUCUGGUCCAGGUGGCCUGCGCGUCCUCUCUCUGGGCUGAUGAAGUGGUACUUGCUCGUGGAACUUGCAUUCCUCGUGCAGCAGAUCUUCGUCAUCCACGUGGAGGAGAGGCGCAAGGAUCACUACCAGAUGCUUUCUCACCACAUCAUUACCAGCGCUCUUUUGAGCUCCGCUUACAUUUACGGGUUCUAUAAUGUAUCCAACGUGGUGCUGUGUUUGAUGGAUGUUGUGGACUUUCUGUUACCGUCCGCGAAAAUUCUCAAGUACCUCAAGUUCGAAACAGCCUGCAACAUUGGAUUUGGUCUGUUCAUGACCACUUGGUUCAUCACCCGUCACAUCAUCUACCCAGCCCUUUGCUGGUCCAUCUAUAAAAAUGUCCCAGCGCAAAUGUCAUACGGCUGUUACUCUGGUUCGACGGCUGAGAUGAUCUCGGAGAAUGGCUACCCGGACUCCUUUGCAUACCUGUUCGGACCGUAUUUCAACCUGGAGAACCCCAUCUGCAUGAACCGCACCGUGAAAUGGAUCUUCUUGUCCCUUUUGCUGACCCUGGAGGGCUUGUCCAUUGUCUGGUUCAGCAUGAUCGUUCGUGUUGCAUACGGUGUUCUCUGCGGUGGUAACGCCGAGGACUCCCGCAGUGACGAGGAGGAUGAGGCUGAGGUCGAGGAUCAACCCGUAUCCCACGUUCCAGUGCACCUGGUUGCCAAGGACGGUGCCACUCCUGACACAAUUGCCAUUGACGGUGCCCCUGGCCUGGACCGUCGGCGGUCCAACGGAGCCUCGGUACGUGCCCGGGGCCGUGGCCGUGUUCCAUUCGACCAGAGUGAUCGGAAAGCCCUACUCGGCCGCAUUGGAUGUGAAAAGCCCACAUAA